AUGAAAAUACUAAUUGUUAAUGCUUUUUCAGACACUAAUGAGGGUCGUCUCUAAUACCAAGAAUUUGUAGAGGCCUUUGAAUAAAAUAAAUAAACUCUGAUUGGAUAGCAAGAGUAUAUUUUGAGAGAUAAGAAUACUAUUGAUAGCUUCUUGUAUGAAAUCAACACAGAAUUCUCAAACAAGGAGGCCAUGAAAUUGUUUGAUCAUUUGGAUUUCGUGUUUAUUGAUGGUGAUAGCAACAGCAACUUACCUUGGACUAAGCACUGCAGAAAGUUCGCAUUAUUAUUCAAAAUGUGCAAAAGAACCAAUAAAAUACUGUUCUGUGGGGGAUUAGGACUAGCCUUAUUAAUCUAUUAUUGCGCAACAACCUUCCCCGAUAUAAAUAUCGUUAAUCCUAAAGGAGGUAGACUAGAACUUAUGAAUUAAAUGACUCCCGAGGAAGUUUCAAGGCUUAGAAGAACUGAUGCUUAUCUUGAUAGCUGUACUGGAGAUUACUAUGGUUUUAAUACAGAAUAAAAAAUAUGGAUACCUCUUGGAAAUACUGGCCUACAUCAUGUCUAAACUCUUGAAACAUAUGGCAGUAGUUCCUCUUAUUACGUUUAGAAAAUAAAGAAAUACAAAACUAAUGGUCCCCUGGGAGAUGCAAGGAUGGGAGAUCAUUUAUAUAAAUCGAAAUUAACUGAGUCAAAGUGUUGCAUUGAUAAGCACUAUAUGUCUCAUUGGGCUCUAUAAGGAGUUCCUGCUACAUUUAUGGUAAUAAAUAAAAAUCAAUGGGAUCCUCAUCCAAUCAAUAUAAGAGAUAUUGAGUAAGUUCGCAAAAACUAUACUAUUUUAGCUGAAAGUGAUAGAGGCCCUCAAAUUAUAGAACAUAGAAACACCUUAGCAGUUUAAUUUCAUAUCAUGAAAAGGUAUUCAGAAACUGUCAAAGUGCUAUAAAAUUUCAUCAAGUAUAAGAUUCUAGAAAUCUAAAAGGUUGAUAGGAUCCAUAUUACCUUAGAGGAAGCUGACUUAAAGUAAAGAAGAUUAAUGUUUAAGUUGUUUGAUGAAAAACCAAAUAAUCAAGCUAAUUCCUAAAUACCAAGUUAGCCUAGAGAAGAGGAAUAAGUUGCUUUUACAAAGGAGUUCAAAUUCUCUGGGAAUAAUUAUAGUCGAAGAAGAAAAUUUGUUGUAGUAGAUAAUAAUGCGAUAAACAAAGAGCAAAUAAGACCUUCAACUACAAGUACUUUUUCAUAAUCUAGGCUAAAUUCAAGAGGCCAUUUAAAAUCACAGUAGUUCAAUGAAAAUAUUGGGUUUGAGAUAAAUAAUGGUGCCUUCACUGAUAGAUAGAGCAAUAUGAAGGACUAGAUUGAUAGAUAUAGAUAAUAAUGA